AGUACCUCCCGCACCAUGCCCGGGCUCCGCACCGCGCCCGGGCCGCCCGCCUUCCUCCUCCUCCUCCUCCUCCUGCUGCUGCUCCCCGCUCCCGUCCCCGCGGACCCCGGCGCCGGGUGGCAACUGAACCCCGGGAGCCGCCGGGCCGCGGCGGCAGCGAGGGUGGCCCUGCAGUACCGCAACUUCAAGGCGGGAUCGCCCGGGGGGCUGCGGGCGCUGGGGCAGGUCCGCAAGGCCACCGUGAAGAACAUCCCAGACUUUGGGCACAAGUAUUACCUGCAGUUCAGCACAGAAGACUACAGGACUGGGGAAAACGCCGGGAGCUGCCUGGCCACGGUGUUGUAUCCAAGGAAAAAGUCUCCUCCUGUUGUCAGCAUCAAGUGCUCACACACCAAAGACCAGAAUGAAAUCCAGGAAGAGGACAACAGACUCUACCAAAGAAUCAGGCAGCAAACCAAACCAAUAACUGGGAGCAAUAUUCCAGACAGCUAUGGCAACAUUGAGCCUGCCCUGGAGCCAGCCUGGGCUCUGGCUGUCGCUGGCAGCAGCUCCAUCAUGUGGGAAAAGUCCACAGAGGACGUGGGAUACUUCCUGGCACAAGUGAAGUCGGUGAAGCAGUGGAAGAGGAAAGAUGAUUUUAUUGAGUUCGACUACACUGUCCUGCUCCACGAAAUGCCAACACAGGAGAUGAUUUCCUGCCACAUGCGCCUCACGUGGCUCCCUGGGCAGCCUCUGAAAGUGAAACACUUCUGUGCCUCCGAGACCCACGGGCUGAAGGAGGGAUCUGGGCUGGGAUCGGGAUCAGCUGCUGGCCUUUCAGAGGAAAGGGGGGACAACUUCUGAGAGAGAUUGUCAGAAUCCCUGGAUUCAGGGAGAAAAUCCUUGUGCUACCAGAGCUGGAGCCGGCAUUGGGUUUCCACACAAGUCAGUGAUCGGGAUGCUUUCACUAUCACUACUCUGUUCUGUACCAAAAUUAUUUCCUGUCACUUCUCAAACUGCAAGACUCAACUUCUAGAGAGUUCUACCUACAGCCUUUGCUACUGCACAUAUACACAGAUGAACAUACACAGGUUGAUUUUAUGUCACUAAUUAACUGUUACGUAGAGUUUGUAAACAAAGUUAAUAUAUUUGGGUAAAAAUUCUCCAGGAAAGUAUUAAUCUGUCAGUAAGAAAUAUCUGCCUACUAAUUUUUUGGGUCAUUUUUCGGGAUGGAAUCAUGCUGGUUUUCAACUCACCUCUCCAAUAAACCAAAUACCAUCACUCA